UGUGAUUAGCAAAAGCAGUGUAAUUAUUCUAUAACACUAAUUACACUGCAAAAGUAGCAACCAUAGCAUGUGAAUUGCAAACUUUCUGUUAAAUAUUCACUUCCCUUCUCACUUACCAUUCAUUAUUUUUCUUAUAUACGAAGAUAUCAUUUAAUCCAACCAUUCAUUAUUUAUCUUGUAUACGAAGAUCUAUAUAUCCAAUUCAUCAAAAACUUCAAUUUCCAUUGGGAAAUAUAACGUAUCUGAUUGUCCUUACCCGCACAUUUACGUCUCCUUUCCCGAACUUUCUCUCCGCCUUCCCAAUUAACGGCGUAAUGACGUCACGCGCGAGAGGACACCUCGCUUGUCGGGUAUAUAAAGAUGAGGACGCACCCGGGCACCACAUCGCUCCGAUCCCGCCCAGCUCACAGUCGCAGGACAAUCAUGAACGCUAAGGUGCUGUUGUGCGCUUUCGUCUGCGUCGCCUUCGGGAACGCUGCGAAACUGCCCCUUCCAGACGCGAAAGUGCCCGAGGCCCCGAAGGUUUAUGCCUUCGCGUACGGCGUGCAGGACGACCUCAGCGGCACCAACUUCGGCCACCAGGAGUCCCACGACGGCCUGAGGACGACGGGGCAGUACCGCGUGGCCCUCCCCGACGGCCGCAUCCAGAGGGUCACCUACACGGCCGACGAAAAUGGCUACGUCGCCCAAGUCACUUACGAGGGCGAGGCCAGGUUCCCCGAGCCCCCCACGCCCACGAAUCGCGGCAACCCUACGCCCUACAACCUCUACGCCCCGCCACAGCCCUCUGCGCCCACCACCACCACCGCCGCCCCGCCCGCAAGCGACCCAGAACCGUCGCUGGGCUACCUGCCUCUGCCACUCUACCAGGCUCCCUCCGCCCCGAAGCAGGAGCCCGCUCGGCUGAGGCAGGACUUCGCGCCCCUUGAGAGCCCCGAGGAGGAGCUCGCCCUCUCGAGGACUCUUUCGCUGCCGGCUGCCUUGCCGAGUCCCUAGGACGCCUAGGAAACAUGGCUCUUGGGAUGGCACUGCGGAUCAUGGGAUAUGAUGUCACUACAAUCCUGUGGUUCUGUUCA